AUGGCGCCUGCAGCUUCGGAGGAGCAGCCGAAGGGUGGGGAGCCUGCAGCUGAGGAGAAGGAGGAAGUAGUUGCAGUGGUAGAGCCCCUUCGUAGGAGGAUAUCUUCAGUGCUGGAGGCUGUUGGCCCUCUCCGCGUCACCAGCUACCGCAUGCGGUAUUCCUUGGAAUUCAUUGCGAUGGAGCUCGCAUUACUGACAUUGAGCCCGCAGCCUGCAUCGCAGGAGUAUCAUGUCAUCUACCGCUUGGUGGUUUGGCUGAACUACUUGAAGGAGAAGGCCAUGGAUAUCGAGAGCAUGCUCGAUCAAUACGAAGCUCAUCCGCUGCAUCACGCGCUGCCGCGAAGCGCCGCACCGUGGUUCUGCCGGCGCCGUGAUCAUGACAGCACAUUGCACGGGGGAUUCUUAUCCAGCGCGGCAAACCUAUACUGUGCGACCGAGCACCCCUGCAGUUACAGGUACAAAAUGAAUGAUCCUGUGCUCUCUGGCUCAGGCCUUUCGCUGCUGCCCCACGACGUGGCGGAGGAAGGCGGCCUACAUCUCGUUGGCAUCGACGGCCCGGCAAAGAAGCUGCUCAGGUGGCUCAGGCUCACGGCGGCCGACAAGAGAACGACAGUCAUCUCCAUCGUUGGCCCCACCGGGGUGGGCAAGACGACUUUUGCCAUGGAGCUCCACCGCCGGCUCCAAAACAGGCUUCUUCUCAAGCGAAUCCUGUCAGAUAUCGUAAAACCGAGAGAACUGGAGGUACUGUCAUCUGAGCGCUCACAUGCCACGACGACGUUGGAGGCUGAACUGGAGCUUCUGGCUCGCAAUAUCAGGGAACGCCUACAAGAUAAGAGGUACUUCAUAUUAAUCGAAGAUAUAUGGGAAGCAUCAGACUGGGAAAAAAUCAAGGGUGCAUUCCCUAAGAAUAAAUGUGGAAGCCAAAUUUUGAUUACAACACGCGUUCGAAGUGUAGCCCGGUCGUGUUGCUCUGAAUCUGAUCACCAUGAAGGGCUUGUGCAUGAGAUGAAGCCCCUGAAUAAGCGGGAUUCAGAAAGGCUUCUACUUAUAGAAGCUUUUGGUUCAGUGGAUGGUUCCCCGAAAGGCAAACCUUUCAGGAAUGUUUGUGAAGAAAUCCUGAGGAGAUGUGGCGGUAUACCAUUGUUCAUAACUGGUAUGGCCGGCUGGUUAAAAGAGCGGCAGCAGAAGGGAUAUACAUUUUACAGCGUGGAACAAGUGCCCCAGACACUGAAACAGUUCGAACAAGGGUUGGCCCCAACUUACUAUGAACUUCCUUAUCAGUUGAGGUUGAUGUUUCUGUACAUGAGCAUGUUCCCCCAGGGGUACAGGAUCGCCAAAGAGCAGCUCAUCUGGAAAUGGACAAUUGAAGGGCUGAACAGUGAAUAUGGUAUUCAUUGCGACGCAUAUGAUUUGGCUUGUCGGUGUUUCUCUGAGCUUGCCGACAGGAAUGUCAUCAUCCGGGUGGAAAACUGCAAAUGCCAUCCUGAAAUAGAGGCCUGCCCAUGGCAAGUCAAUUGUUACAUGCUGCAGUUCCUUGCCUCCAUAUCAGCGGAGAUGGGUUUUGCUUUCACCAGCACCACGCUCGCCUCAGCGAAAGCAGGAGCUGGCGCUACUGGUGACAACAAGCGUGCAGUACCACGGCGGCUAGCCCUCCACCACCCCGAUCCAGAGCUCCCGAGGCUACUGCGAACAAUGGAUUUGUCUCAAACUCGUUCGCUAGCCGUGUCUGGUGAAGUGGACCAAAUUCCUCUUGACAAAUUUAUCUAUUUGGUGGUGUUGGAUCUAGAAGGUUGGAAGAAUUUGAAGGAUGAGGACCUGCUAAUGAUAUGCACCAGCAAACAGUAUCUGCUCAAGUAUCUGAGCGUCAAAAACACCCGGGUCCGCAAGCUCCCAUCAGAGAUCAAGGAGCUAUGCUGUCUAAAGACAUUGGACAUAAGUCACACGCAAAUAAGUGAGCUCCCAUCAGAAGUGUGCGAGCUAGAAGAUUUGUUGAAGAUGGACCUAAGAAACACACAGAUAAGACAGCUCCCAGAGCAAAUCGCGGGGCUACGCUGUUUACAAGAUCUUCGCAUUGGUGGUGAUGGAAUUGCUAAUUCCGAUGAAACAGCAACAAAGAUACCUGAGGGUGUCCGGCAUGUUUACAGACUAGUAACACUAGCAACUGUUGAUUUAAGUGAAUGCUCUUCAAGCUUCGUACAUGCUCUCGGCGAUCUAAGCCAGCUGAUGGUGCUUGCAAUAACAUGGUCCUUUCACCAGUGCACUGAAGGAUCCUACUCUGAUGCUUUACUUUCAUCCUUAAAAAAAUGGAGGUUGCUUGAGUCUCUGACCAUUUAUUGUGGACUCGGUUGUUCCAUGGAGUUCCUGAGUUCUCUAUCUAAGCCUCCUAAUACAAGACUUGAGAAAUUUAAGGUAACAGGAGGGAGAUUUGUCAGUGUUCCCCAAUGGAUCAAAAGACUCAAGCAUCUUGCUUUCUUGCAAAUCACGGUGUGUAAAAUGGUGCCACAUGAUCUGAAAAUCCUCGGGGACUUGCACAGUUUGCGGUGCCUUGUACUAGGCUUGGAGUUCGCCCCCAGUGAAGGGAUAGUGGUUGAAAGUGAGGGAUUCAGUGAGCUUCUCAAAUUCUCCGUCGAUUGCCCAGUGCCAUGGCUCAAUUUCAGAACAGGAGCUAUGAGGAAGCUGAAAUAUCUUGAACUAAAAGUCUGCUCAGGCCCACCAAGUCGAGGGAGUGCUGUUCCAUCAGGUAUCGGCAAUCUCCGAAGCCUCAUGGAUGUAGUCCUCUAUUACAACCAAAAGUGGUGCUCUGGUAGCUCCCACAUCAAGAAGACUGUCGAAGCGGUGAAAAAAGAGGUUGCCGAGCAUUGCAACCCGAUCGACCUCAUCAUCAAUGGCACCAGAGAUGAUGGUGUUCAAAAAUUUGAUGAGGAGACUGAAAUUCAGAGUGAAGUUAGAAGGUGAAACGACCAAGAGCUCCCAACACAAGAAGGAAUGGUGAUCUUCUCAGCAGUGUCCACAAUUGCCAAAACAAACGAAUUAAGACCACGACAAGUUAGAGUUGCAGUCUGGCAAUAGACGUC